CAUAUCUAGGCGUACAUGAACUUCAAGGUCGUCCGAACCCAAAAGCAGCGGGAGUCAAUGGCUUUAUCCAUAAAUUGGGUCAAAAUUAAAUUAAUCCAUAAAUUGAGUCAAAAUUUAAACUUUGAAUCUUUCAGUACGGAAGCGUCCAGAAAGUCUGUUGAACCCACCUUGGGAACCAGUUUUGGAACUGACCUGUCCGCAUCCCCGGUACAUCGGCUGGCGAUGGUUGUUCGUGGACAAAGAUACUGUCCACUUCAUCCCAUUGGCCUUACUUCGGCCAGCUCCACACCGCUAGUCACGCCGCCGGCUCUCAAACUGCUUCAUCUAACUGGCUCGAAAAUGUCCACUGCCUCUUCGGCGGAACGCCGUCUCAGAUUCGGCUCGAUCUCGGCUGUCGAAGCCGAAGAGGAGCUGCUGGAAAGUGCACGCUCCCCCGAGUUCCGCAACGAUCUGAGUUUUGCCAUUGAGGCGGCGCCAGGGUCAGGAAGACCUUCAGAAGAACCCUGGCGGAGACAAACAAAGUAUGUCUUCCCCGCCAUGGAAAGACCUCUCCAAAAGCAACUCCAGCCCAAACGCUGAGUGGACAAAAAAAAACCCUGCUCGGCGCCGUCAAAGACUCCAUCAAACAAGGCUUCUAGUGGGCCACGCGCGAAGGACCACUCUGUGGGGAACCAUCCGAAAUGUUAAGUUCAAAUCCUCGACGCCGUCAUCGCCCAGGAUCGUGGAGAUGGCCAAAUCUUCCGAACCACCCGCAAGUGUCACUCGCUAGUGCUGAAAUUGAUAUGAAUAAUUAAACCAUAAUUUAAUAAAAUAAAAUUUAAGUAAAAUCAUCAAAAAACUA